AUGUCGUUCGUUGAGAGCGCGAAGCGUGCCUCUCUGCAGCGCCGUCGCCGCGGUACCCCGGUCCCUUUCGCUCGGCCGAGGGUGUCCGCCUUUACUCAGGGGGACAGUUGGGGUGAAGGGGAAGACGACGAGGAGGUAUUCGACCAGGUAGCCCGCGACCUACGGGCGGAGUUGUCGGCGGGGGCGUCGUCGGAGCCCAGGAAGGGCGCGCUGCUCCCGCCGGAGCAGGAUGGUUCCCCGGUUCUGCCCGAUAAACGCAACGGCUUCUUCCCGGCGGAGGUGCGCGGCCGGGCGCAGGCCCGCCGGUGGCCGGUCCAGGUCCUCUCCAUUCUCUGUUCGCUGCUGUUCGCCGUGCUCCUCGCUUUCCUUCUCGCCAUCGCCUACCUGAUCGUAAAAGAGUUACAUGCUGAGAAUUUGAAGAAUGAAGAUGAGAUAGACACAGGGCUAUUAGGAUUCUGGACUCUUCUUAUAAUAUCCCUGACUGCUGGGUUCUCCUGUUGCAGCUUUUCUUGGACAGUGACUUACUUUGAUUCUUUUGAGCCAGGAAUGUUUCCUCCUACUCCACUUUCACCUGCCAGGUUCAAGAAACUUACUGGACAUUCUUUCCACAUUGGCUAUAGCAUGGCAAUUUUGAACGGCAUUGUAGCUGCUCUUACUGUUGCAUGGUGCCUCAUGUAA